AGCGGCUGUGAAGGAGUUGUCGAUGCUCUUGUGCAGUGUAGUUUUUUAAUUUUUGUAUAACUUUUUCACGCUUGGACUUUCGAUAUCAUACCAGCCAUGUCUUUCUCAAGAGCACCAUUAAAGAGGUUCAACGAGCAAGUUGGUUGUGCCCCUCCGCCUGGUACUUAUGAGGUGAAGUCUGGUGAACUAAAGGGAGCUGUAUCAUUUCACAAAGCAGAGCGCUUCAGAGCAGCUUCCAAAACAGAGUUACCUGCACAAUCACCAUCAAAAGAAGUACCAAUGUCUCCAGUACGCCGGACUAUGUCUGUUGAUGGUUUGGUUGAUGGAUUUAGUUCCAAAAAGGAUAAAAAUGCCUUCACACUUGAGAUGAAACGUCAGAGACUACUAGAGAAAGAGAUCCGUUCUUUGGUGCAGCAGAGAGGAGAACAGGACCGUAGGCUGCAGACCCUGGAGGAAGAGCUGAAGAAGCUGGAGUCUAAAUUACUAGCAGCUGUCAGAGAGAAGACUGGCAUUGCUGCCAAUGUGGCUUCUCUUGAGAGGCAGCUGGCAGAGUUAAAGAAAGCUAAUGAGUUCCUGAAGACCAAGGUCUCUGCUGAUACCACCAAGAAGAAAAUCAAUGCUCUUACUAUGGAGCUCAUUGAGGCUAAUAAUAAAUUGGAUACCAAAGACAAGGAGCUGAGCUUCCUACAGAUCAGCUCAGAUGGUAAAGUGAAGGUCUUGGAAACUGAUCUGGAGACCACCAGAACCACUUUUAGGGUUCUCCAGGAGAGGAACAAGGAUCUUGAGGAGCUUCAUCAAGAGACAAAAACCCAGAACGAACAACUUGAAAAUGAAAUGGAUAAAUUGCAUGCCAUAAUCCAGGAGCUGAGAGAGGAGAUCAAAGCACUGCAGAGUUACCUGGACUCAGCAAAUGAAGAGCUUCAGGAUUUGCGGAUUAAGCUGCAGGACAAAUCAACCAUGGAGCGCCGUGUCUCUGAUGCUCAAGAGAACCUCAGUGACGUUGAGCAGAAGUUAGAGAAAUGUACUGGGGAACUGAAGGACCGUCAGGAGGUGCUGAAGGUAAUGGAAAAGGAGCUCCAGAAGUGUCAGCAAGAGCUGCAGGACUCCCAGAAGGCUCUUGAGGAGAAGGAGAGAGAGAUGGAGUGCCAUGUGAAUGAGCUGCAGUCCUCUCGGGCCACAUUGAAAGAGCUGGAAGAGCAGAUGCAGCAGGGAGCUCAGGAUCUCGAGAAUUCCCGGAGCUUAGUACGGCAGCAGGAGCAAGAGCUGGCCCGUGUGAAGGAGGUCCUGAGAAGAACCGAGGAGGAGCUGGAUCAGCGUGUGGCACUCAUGGGUGAGCGCUGCCUGCUGCUGGAGGAUGAAAGAGCCAGGACACAGGAGGAGGGUCUGCGACGGGUACAAGAGCUCAAGGCAGAGAUCAACUCGUUGGAGGAGAGCAGGAAGACUGAGGAGGAGGCACAUGAAAAACUGAAGGAGGAACAUUCUGCACUGACCAAACAACUGGAGGAAGAGAUGGUUCACAGCAGCUCCCUGGCCAGCAUGCUUGAGCGCCUGAAAGAUGAGACCGAGGCAGAGAGGAGACAGCUGGGUGAGGAACUGGAGGAUGCACUUGAGGAGCUGUCAGAGCUGGAGAAGCAGGAGCAGUGCAGCGAGGAGGCCAUUGUGAAGCUCACGCAGGAGAACCACACACUGGAGCAAGAACUAAAGAAGACCUGUGCUGAGCUGGAGGGGAAGUGUGCUGAGAUGCAAGCCUUGGAAGAAACUCAUGUGACGGCAAUGAAGAAACUAGAAGAGGAUCAUAACCGCUGUCUCGCCAAGCUGGGAGACUUGUCCACUGACCUCGAGAGCACUAGACAGGCUUUGGGAAAGCAGAAAGAUCAGGCUGAGGCUCAAACUCUUCAGCUGGAGGAAAAAGUAAACAAACUCAACCUACAGUUUCAAGAAGAUCAGCAGGAGCUCAUAAACUACCAGCAAAUCCAGGAGAAACAGCGAGAGGAGUAUGCUAGGAUGCUUUUAGAAGUUCAGACUAAACUGACUCAGAGAGAGGAAGAGUUGAAGCAAGCAGCAGAGACUCAAAGUGAGGAGCUGAGUCGCCUGCAGGCCGAGGUGGAGCAGGAGAGAAGAGAGAAGGAAUGUGCCCAAACCCAACUGCAGAGAGAACAGAAGAGGAGUGAGUCAGUGGAAGGCCAUUCUGUGGAAGCCAGCAGGCUGCGGGGCCUCGUUGAGGAUCUGCAGGCGGAGGUUUUGGAGCUGCACAAGCAGGUGGGCGAGGAAAGAGCUACUGCUCAACGUCACACUGCAGAUUGGAAGCAGGAGAGACAACAGCUAUACAUACAGAUGGAGAAAGAGAGACAGGAAUUACACAAACAACUUUUAGAGGCACAGCUGCAGAGCACAUGUAACGCUGAGACUGAGCACUGGAGAAACUUGUAUGAAGAGCUUUAUGCUAAAGUUAAACCAUUUCAGGAACAGCUGGACAGCUAUGCAGCAGAGAGGAACGCCUUGCUGAAUGAGAAGGGUGCCACGCAGGCUGAGUUGAACAAGUUGGCCAAUGCAUAUGCCAAUCUGAUGGGCCAUCAAAACCAGCGACAGAAGAUAAGGCACAUGGUCAAACUCAAAGAGGAGAACUUGGAGCUCAAACAAGAGAUAUCCAAGCUCAGAGCUCAGGUUGGGAAACAGAAGCAAGCGCUGGAUCGGCUCAAGCCCAGCCAGGCGCCACGUAGAUUCGACCCCAGCAAGGCUUUUAAACAUGAACACAAAGAAAACCAGCAGCCCACCUCAGCUCUUACACAGAGCAACAAGAAAUUGCAUUAAACUUCUUUUGGGGAGUGACCCUGGUCUAUGGAAGACUGUUCAAUUGUUUUUAUUUUAAGCUUAACAUGAUCAUUGUGAUGGGAAAGUCCAGCAUACAUGUCUUGACUGUGUCUCUUAGAAUGUGGCUCUUAUUUAUGUAUGUUUUAUUUGUGUGUUUGUGGAUGUAAUACAGUGACAGUUAGGCUAAAGCAUUGCCAACUCCCUUUCUUGCCAUUGAUAUUAUGUGACAAAGUUAAUGCACUCUUAAGAAAAAAUAUCUGUGGUCCAACAAACCUUAUGCAAUGUUUAAAGAACUGUUCCGUUGAAUUUAUUCAUCUUAGUCUGAAAAUCUAUUUGUGGGUGUAAUGACAGCAUGUUGUUGUGAUUUUAUUGUUGUAAAUUGUAUUACUUUUUUUUUUUCAUUUUUUUUUUGUCUGUCAUUAGGGACCACAACAGGAAAAAUGUCGAUGUUAAACUGCUUGCAUUUGAUAAAUUUUUCAAAAUAAAAAAAAAAUUUUAUUGCAUU